AUGUCUUGGAAAUUGUCACCAAGCGAAAUCGCCAGUCAAUUCAACCCGAAUCCGUCACUGGACGUUGUAAAUGACAAGGAAAAAGACGACGACGUGGUUGAGGACGAUGUGUUGUCAAUGAAUACAUCUUGGGAUGGCCUGGACGAUUUGGAGAGUAACCAAGAGCUUGGAGAGAACGAGAACAGUCAAACCCGAAUGCCAUCGAAAAACAUUCAAAUGAAUCAGAAAAAAAACCCUAAGUCAGAGCAACUAAAGCAAACUCCAUACACAAAGAAAGAGAAGAAUCUUCAAAUUAAUCAACCACCAACGGCGACUCCUACAUUUGCUGCGUCUGGUUCUGCAAGACCUCCUCAAAGGGGCCGACGAGAGCUUGGCGUUCGCCAAAACAAGCGCUACCCAAAUCUAGGGCCACGUUCAGCUGUAACUUCAGUGGCGUCGAUAUGGCAGAACCCACCCAAUGGCCAGGCACAGGCUCAAGUACACAGGAUGCCACAGGGGAACCAAAUCGCAGUAAACAGGCCGUUCCCACAGACUUCAGUAUGUAGUCCAACAAUGAAACAGUCUCUUAACAACCAGGAACAGUUUCUGAUGCAAGGCAACGCACUUGUGCGAAAUAUAUAUUCAGUGCCUCUUCCAGCUGUGUCUGUACAGCAGCCUCCAGCUGCAUCUGCACAGAAUCCUGCAGCUUUAUCUGUAAGGCCGAUUUUGACUAGAAGGCACUCGCAGUACGCCCAGCCACAGCAAAUGAAUAUAGAACGGUGUUACUUAUCAAUGAUGACGACGGAUGUUGAUAAUGGAAGUUAUGAAAUUUAUCCUGAAUACCACCCUCGGCCUGCGGAGCUAAUUAGUGUGACCGAAACGCAAUGGCAACACUCUCUACACUGGAUGCCUGAUUUAUUUGGUGUCCACUGCUUUGACGCUAUUUACGAUGAGUGUCAGGUUCACAAGUGUAAUCAUAGCAUCAGCGACUUUAAAGAUGUGUUCAACAAACUGUUGCACCUAGGUGCGGAUAGUCUUCUGAUCACAUAUGGUCUGCUACGACGUAAUCAAUUUCUGUUCCUGCAUUUCGCUGAAUGCUUCGCUAAUGCUUACAGCAACCGCAAUCUACAUGAAGACUUGUUGCACUUGCUCGCCGAUUGUCGGCUGUAUAAAUCCCAAAGUGCGCGCAUUGUUGGUUUAACCUUUGAUAUCUUGAAAAACAACGGCUGGGAACUCGAAGCUAUGGCGUGCAUCAUGGAGUAUCUAUGGGUUCUGCCCAGUAAAGCGCACAAGUACAAGGAUCUGACCUACAAAAUAUUACAACUGCUGGCAUCUUCUUACUGGUAUUCCUACACUGAUCAGUUGAGCGACCUGCUCAAGACUGGAUUCAAUUUACCAUCUGAGAUAUCGGCAGCCAUUAACGCGUCGACAAAUGGUAGUCUGGAAUUGCAAAUAAAGGCUGCACAGAUCCUGGGCAACAAUCUCGGGGUAAACACAGACCUGCAAUCAGUGUUUAAUCAACAAUACGUUAAUGACGGCGUCGUAUCAUACGCCGACAUAUGCCACAGUCUCUCUUAA